AUGCCAGCUACGCCACCGGCGCUCACUUCUGCAAAUGCGGGGCACUUGUUGCCGGUGAUCUUGUUACUAUACCUUCGAAAAGACGGAAAUCCCGAUGGUAUAUGGAGUGCAGAUGUGACGUUGGCACUGAUGGUGGGGAAUCCAGAUGGGCUUGAUGUGAUAUUUGCACUGGCGCUCGAGAUCCCAGAUGGGGUGGAACCUUGGAACCCGGAUCGAUCCGAAACGCUGGGGAGAGGGAAGGAGGGGACGGUAGGUGUGGAACUGUUAGAUGAGAUUGUAGGUAGCCCCGAGGGAAUAGAUGCGGCUAAUCCGGAAGAUGUACCCAUAGCUGUGCUGUUCGAAGAAAUCUUAGGGAGUCCAGACGAGGGUGAUCCGCUAGACGAGGUACUGUUGGACGAGAUUGUGCGCAGUCCAGAUGAAGCCGAGAUGGUGGGGACUCCCGUCAACGAACUGUUAGAAGACAUCGUGGGCAAUCCGGAAGCUGCAGUGGUAGAUACAGCGGGUAUUACAGAUGGGGCUGAACUGCUGGCAAGUCCGGUCGACGAAAUGUUCAAAGAGAGGGUAUGGGACCCGGAGGGGGCAAUAGAACUCUGGAGUCCAGAUCGAUUCGCACUCGGCUGGGUGAAAGGAGGCACCGUAGGAGAAGAGCUAUUGACAGAAGUCUCUGUACCGUUCUCGACAGGACAUACACCUCCAAGAGGAGGUAGCGUGGUAGGGCUUGAGCCUGAUGAGGUCGAAGUAGGUGUGGUGAUGUUCGAAGAUCCAGUGGCAAUGCCCGAUGAAAAGACUGAGAACCCUGUAGAAGCACCCGAAGAAACUCCAGGCGUAGGCACAGUGGAGUUGGCAGGUCCGAUAGGAAUCACUGAUGGGGAGCCAAAAACGAUUGGUGCCGAUCUUGGAGGUCCACUCAUAGGAAUGACUGGGGGAGCGGUAGCGGUGAAUGAUGUCAAGCUUGUUGAUCCACCAGGAGCAUUUGAAGCAGAGCUUGAAACGACUGCUGUAGCACUUGAAGGAGAAGAAAUACCAGGGGAAACGCUAGAGGCAGGAGCUGUGGAGUUGAUCGAAACCACAGGAGCACCCGAGGAACCGACAGUUCCCGAGGUGGUAGCAGAACCGGGGGACGCACUAGAGAUUGGGAGGGGCGACCUAAGGAUCGCGCUGAUUGAAGGGAAGGGAAUUGUGGCCGUGUUGCUAGGGGACAAUGGAACCACCGUGCUUGACGGGGCGAUGCCACUUGAGGCUGGCACAGUAGUGGCAUUUACUGGCGAAGGGAGCAUAAUUAAUGUCGUCGUAAGGAUAUCGAAAGCUGUGCCAGAAAUGGUGCCUUCUAAAUAG